AUGGAUGAAGCACGUUCUCUUUGGAGCUCCUCUAAACGAGGUCUGGCCUUGAGUGUAGCGUUCGUGCUGUUCGGUUUUAUCGGUUGUAUACUUAAUGUAUCUGGAGAAACCCUUUGCACUCGGCAAAAACUGCCACAAGCGUUCGUUGCUGCUGAAAAUCGAGCACUGAAAAAUUCCACCAUCUGGUCAGGUUCGGUUGGUAGUCGUGUCACUUGUGUCAGCAAGUGUCACUUGUUACCUGCGUGCAAAUCGGUCAACUACUAUCCACUCAAUCGAGUAUGCGAUCUCAACAAUGCCACACGAGUCGACGUCCCGAGUAAGUUCGUUGCAGACUACGCAAGCGUGUACUUCGAUGGUAAUGGCGACACACCUGGGUUUUCCGUAGCGGAUCCCAUCGACGUUCAUACACCCGGAUUCUCCAUCACGGUGGAGCCACGUUACAGCGAUUGCCAGAGUUUACUGGAGGCAGGUUACAGCGUGAGCGGUAUCUAUACGAUAUUCCCCGCGGGUUUCGCAGAUGGUCUAAGGGUGUACUGCGACAUGGAGACCGACGGUGGAGGCUGGCUUGUCAUUCAGAGGCGUCAGGAUGGCAGUGUCGACUUCUACCGCGACUGGGCUGACUACCGCGUGGGCUUUGGGGACUUGGCUGGUGAGUUUUGGCUCGGCAACGACAACUUGCGCACCUUGAGUAAUACUGCUGGAUCUUGGGAUCUUCGAAUCGAUUUGGAGGACUGGGAUGGUAAGACAGCCUGGGCCGAGUACGGAGGGUUUCAAAUCUCUGGACAUGAUUACCGUUUGAGUUUUGAUUGGUACAAUGCGGACAGUACGGCCGGAAACUCACUGAAAUAUCAAAAUCACUUGGCGUUUUCAACAAAAGACAUGAACAACGACGAAUACAGGUCGGACUGCGCAGAGGACGUGCAUGGAGCUUGGUGGUAUGGUCUGUUUUGUUCUGAAUCAAACCUGAACGGUAUGUAUUUAUAUCUGCCUUCACAUCUUGAUGACGAUCCAGAAGGCAUCAUAUGGGAGACUUGGAAAGAAGAUUUCUACUCGCUUAAAAAAUGUAGUAUGAAGAUUCGAUAG